CAUCCUCAGAAUUUGAUGAGACCAGAAACCAAGAAAAUAAAGAACACCCACCUCCAAAACCAAUAGCCUCGCUUGUAAUUGCUCAAUUAAAUAGCCUAGAAGAUUCCUCCCUACUGACUAAACAAAGAAGGUAAAACUUCGUAGCAGUUGAGCUACGUCUACAAUUUUUCAUGAUCUCAUGGCCAAUUAGCCCACCAAACCCAAAUACCUUCUCAUCAUUCUCCUUCCUAAGUCCUCCCCUCCUUUUCCACAUCCCAUACCAAGAACCACCCAAACUCAUGGCAGAGGAAGGAUUCAGCUUCCCCGGGAUCCCAGACCCGUCGGCCUGCUCAAUCUGCUCGCCCCCACUUUGGCCCGUGUCGCCUCCCCCGGCGCCUCCCCUCCGAGACAGAUCGUCCUCGCGGGGCUCGGACGAGGGAGACCUCGGCGAGAUGGCGGAUGGAGAAGGUGGCGGUCUUCGUGAAGAGGAGGAGGAGGAGGAGAAGAUGGACAUGUUGUGGGAGGACUUCAACGAGGAGUUACCGAGGAGCCACGGGCAUCCCGACGUGUCGUCGUCGUGGUCGUCGACGUCGACGUCGACGUCGUCACGGGAGGCGGCAGGAGUCGGGGCCGUGGAGGCACGGACGGUGUCGAGGACUAAAGGCGCAUUGGUUUCUGCCAAGAGGGCGCCACAGCCGGGUGUGGUGGUGCUGAUCAAGGUGCUGAAGAAGCUCUUCUUGCUUCAUCACGGUCACAAAGCCAUGCCCAUGGUUCCAUGAAGAAGCCAUCCCCAUGGUGAUCCCGAUGAAGAUCAUCCUGGAUUGGAAAAACUCAAUUUUCGCUCUUCUUUUGCCUUGUUUUCUUGUCUCUUUGCUGCUCUUGGAGAAGCACCGGACAAAGCAAACAACGAUGUAAAUUCUUUAGAUCUGUCUACUGUUGACAGAGUUUAGGUUUGGCAUCUUUUCUACUCCUUGACAAGAGAAACAGGGAAUCUUUAUUGUCCAGAGCAUUGUUGAUUAAGUUAUCAACUGAGAGCAUUUACUCCCCAUUUUACAUUAUUCAUAAGAUCAAUCCCAGAAUUUUUUA